CUCGUCUCACACUUUAUACCACUACCAUACCUUGCCUAAUGGCAUUUGGUUGCUACCAUUCUUUAAAUGCACUUGUUUUUCAUGCAAGAGAAACAAAAAUUUAAGAACUUAGAGAGAGAAAUUAAUUAAGAGAGAGAAAUUAAUUAAGAGAGAGAAUUAUGGAGAGAAACAAAGAGCAAGUACUAGGACAUUCUUCUUGGUUAUCAAUGUGUUCUAAUUGGAGAUCAUUGUCAAAAAGCUUAAGCGAUGUGCCUUUGGAUGAAAAAGAAGAUCACCACAACGACUACGACGACGAGAAACGAGUUGUUACGACGGUUAGCUCGAACGAAAGAAAGCCCGGCGGAUGGAAGUCUAUGCCAUUUAUUCUAGGAAAUGAGACAUUUGAAAGGCUAGCAACAUUUGGGGUACUAGCCAACUUUAUGGUGUAUUUAAGACGUGAGUAUCAUAUGGACCAAGUUGACGCCGUCAACUUGAUCAACGUCUUCUCAGGGGUGUCUAAUUUUGCCCCUUUGCUUGGCGCUUUUCUCUCUGAUGCCUUCACUGGCCGCUUUUGGGCUAUCGCUGUUGGUUCUUUGGCUUCUUUUCUGGGAAUGGUGGGUCUAACAUUAACAGCUUCGAUCCCCAGUCUAACACCACCCUGGUGCCCAUACAAUGACAACAAAAAUGCACAAUCAUUAAACCAACUACAAAUGGGCUCAUGUGAAAAGCCCAAUGGACAUCAAAUGGGCUUCUUAAUACUAGCCCUUGGGGUACUCUGCAUCGGAACCGCAGGAAUACGACCUUGUAGCUUACCAUUUGGAAUGGACCAAUUUGAUCACACAACUGAAAAAGGAAGAAGAGGUAUUAACAGUUACUACAAUUGGUAUUACACAACUUUUACAAUUGUGGUAAUGUUAACUCUAACAGUUGUGGUUUAUAUCCAAGACUCUGUAAGUUGGGUUUGGGGGUUUGGAAUCCCUACAACUCUUAUGUUUUGCUCCAUUCUUCUCUUCUUUUGUGGUAUGAGGUUGUUUGUCUAUGUCAAGCCUCAAGGAAGUAUUUUCUCUAGCAUCCUUCGAGUUUUCGUCGCUUCCUACAAAAAGCGUCGCCUUGAGCUUCCUAAUGGCGUCGAAAAGGGUGUCUACAAUGAUCCACCACCGUCAGGGAUUGGGACAGUACUUCCUCUUACAAAUCAAUUCAGCUUCUUAAACAAAGCAGCUAUAAUACAAGAGGGAGAACUCAACAUAGACACACCAACACCAGAAAGCAGAUGGACUUUAUGUACCGUACAAGAAGUUGAAGAAGUAAAAUGUGUGAUAAGAGUACUCCCUAUUUGGGCAUCCGGUAUCAUAUGUUUCACAUCAGCCGCACAACAAUCAACCUUCGCAGUCUCACAAGCCAUGACCAUGAACCGAAACAUCGGCCCAAAGUUCCAAAUCCCACCAGGCUCAAUAGGCAUCAUAUCCAUGCUAGCCAUAGGAAUAUGGGUUCCAAUCUACGACCGUUUCCUCGUUCCAGCCAUUCGUAAAGUAACCAAACACGAGAAUGGGUUAACCCUCCUCCAACGAAUGGGGAUCGGUCUUUUCUUGUCAAUUUUCGCGAUGAUUGCAGCCGGUUUAGUCGAGCAAAGGAGGAGAAACGCGGCGAAUGAUCACCACCAAAGGCUAUCGAUUGCAUGGUUAGUCCCUCAAUUAGUCAUGUUAGGGCUUGCUGAAGGGUUCAAUUUCAUAGCACAGAUUGAAUUUUAUAACAAACAGUUUCCAGAGAAUUUGAGAAGUAUUGCCACGUCGAUGUUCUUUUGUACUAUUGCUGGGGCUAACUAUUUAAGCACUGCUGUGGUGAUCAUGGUACACAAGUUUACUGGGAGGCAUGGUAAGCCAGAUUGGCUAACUAAUGAUAUUAACCAAGGAAGGGUUGAUUAUUUUUACUACUUGCUUGCUAUUAUGGGUGUGCUUAAUUUCAUUUAUUUUCUGAUUUGUGCUAUGAAAUAUAAGUAUAAAGGUAGUAAUGUUAGUUUUCAAGGGAAAGAGAUGACUACUGAUAUAGCUGUGUAAUAUUUUAUACUUUAUUAGUAUUCAUGUUUUGACGAUAUAGGUGUAAUAAUUGAGAUAUACAACUCUUUGAAUAGUACAUGCAGUAUAUAAAUAUUUUCCA